UCAUCAGACAUAGGUCUGACCCAGAACAGUGGUGACAGUGGCCUGUGUUUUGAGAUCUGGUUCAGGAAAAGGAAAUCCCAGGACACCUACGUUCUCCAAGCCGUGAGCCGUGAGGUUAAGGAGACCUGGACCAAGGACAUUGAGCGGAUCCUCUGGGAGCAGGCGAUACACAACAGAGAGAUUCGCAUGCAGGAGAGGGUGUUCAUGGGUAUUGGUAACAAGCCUUUUAUGGACAUCCAGCCCAGUGAGGCAGCCAUCAGUGACAGAGCCGUCAACUAUGUGCUGAUAGGAAGAGGUAAAUAAGUCCAAUUUAAACACAUUCA